GAAGUCAGUCUGUUACCCGCGCGGUGGACGCCUCCACGUGAGGACGGGCAUUGGCCGUUUCUCCUCAAACGUACGACCCUCGGCAACCGGGAAGCGGCAGGCCCUGGAGAAAACACCGCUGAAUAAAAGCCUGCGGGUGGAUACCAGCUCUUUACCGUCACCGUCAGUGCUGAUGGGACGUCUCGGAGUAGAGGAGUGGCUUUAAAACAUCUUUAACGUUAGCUGGUGAUAGUGAAGGCACGUUGUCGGACAUUAACUAUAUCGUUACACGUCUGUCAGUCAGUUGUGUCUCUCGCUGUGUCGGUUAACGAGUCAUUUACAUACUGUCAGCUACCAGGUUAGCUCUGUACAUUAGCUAAAAAGAUCAUGGCCAUGUUUUCAUCAUAUUUGGAGCUAUGGAGAACAUAUUGGGAGUGUGUUUCCAGACCUUAUACGGUGUUCAUCUGCUCCCUCGCGGCCGCACUUUACUAUCUGUGGGCCCGCAAGUGUCAGACACCGACUCUGGUUUCUAGCGCUGCUUUCAGUGCGUUCCUCCACAAGCACUGUCCUGUGGUGGCUGAGCGCUUCAGUCCCACUCCGUGGUGUUGGGGAGGCCGACUUCAAACCCUGGUCUGCGCCCUCCUCAAGUCCAGACCCCCCGUCACUUAUCGCAAUGAGCUGAUCCGUACGGUUGAUGGUGGUCAGAUCUCCCUGGACUGGGUGGACAAUGAGGCCAGUGGGACCUACCCAGAAUCCUCUACCCGUCCCACGGUGCUGAUCCUCCCAGGCCUUACGGGGAACAGCCAGCAGUCCUAUGUGCUCCAUGCCAUUGGCCAGGCCACCCGCCGCGGCUACAGAUGUGUGGUCUUCAACAACAGAGGCAAUGGACAGGAAGAGUUGCUGACACCUGUUACCUACUGCGCAGCCAAUACCUCAGACCUUGAGCGUGUGGUGCAGCAUGUCAAAGGACUUUACCCACAUGCGCCUGUGCUUGGUGCUGGUGUGUCUUUGGGAGGCAUGUUAUUGUUAAACUACCUGGCCCGUAAGCGCACACAGUCAGGGAUGGUGGCGGGUUUAACCAUCUCUGUACCAUGGGAUACAGUGAAGUCCGCUGCCUCAUUGGAAGAACCACUCAACUGGCUGCUCUUCAACAAACACCUCACGAGAGGCCUGUGUCGGGCUGUCACCAGGCACAGGAAGGUUCUGGAGAAAGUGGUGGACGUUGACUAUGUCCUGAAGGCACGUUCUAUCCGUGAGUUUGAUGAACGCAUCACCUCUGUGCUGUUUGGUUAUAAAUCUUGUAUGGAUUAUUACCGCGAUGCCAGCCCAGACAAAAAACUCCCCAAUACAGCAGUACCCAUCUUGUGCCUCAACGCUGCUGAUGACCCCUUCUCUCCCCAACAUGCCUUCCCAGUGACCAUAGUCGAGAGCCUGCCUAAUGUCGCUCUGUUGUUGACGGCCCAUGGUGGACACAUCGCCUUCCUGCAGGGGUUGUUUCCCCUGCGGCGAGAGAGCUACAUGGAUCGCCUGUUUGGUCAGUUUGUCCAAGCCGCCUUUGAACACCCGAGGGACAUCAAGAAAGCCUGUGGCAUUAAGGAGGAGAAGAUGAGCUGAUCGUCUUUCACCCCGUCACUCUGUUUGCACUCUGAAGCUGAGCUAAUAUCAGAAGGACUGCUAGCUGCGAAGAAUAUGAAGUCACUGGCAUCAUAGCAGCAAUUCACAAAAAUGCAUUGCUUAGCUUUGCGUUUUGUUAUCUUACCACAGAAAUGUCUCCUCCAUGUUUGCACAGAGAAUGACCAACUGUAUUGUGCAAUACUAUGACCUCACUGCAGCUAAGCCAGUCUACCUCCUCAUCGUCUCAGGUUCUCUUCUAUAUGGAAGUUUUUUGGCCUCUUUAUUCAAAUUACAAUGCAUUUUGCAAUUGGCAAUUCAAUAUGCAAAGUGAUAAUGCAAUCCUCAAUUAAGUUUGAAUUAUUCUGAUUAAACAUUUGAAUGAAAGCUCAAUUAAUUGCAUUUCACAUUGCCAUGGUAUUUUGGUCUCUUUAUUCAAAUGCCAAUUCAUUUUGGCAUUGGCAAUUCAAUGUGCCAGCAAAACAGCGCCCCCAGUCUAUGGCAUUUACUUUUACUUGUCUACAAGCUUUUUUGGUGUCAAAAUUCAAAUGAAAAUGCAAUCUGUCAGUCCUCUCAUCAAGGCGGGUCUUCAGUUAGGACGUCCCCUCCACGCUCAGUGAUUGGGUAACAGCUGGCACUGUUCUUGAUGGGUACGUUGCUUUCUACCCCACAUGAAAUGCAUAUGUUCAACCUAGAGUUCAGACAUUAGUUUAUUACAGUAGGGCCAUUGUUGGCAUUUUGUGUUUAUCUACAUCCUCAUGCUGAGUCAUUAAAAGCUAAUGCUAGCUACGCCUGGUUAAAGUUAGUAGCUUGCUUACAAACUAAGGCAACGCUUGCAAAGUAACUUAGCUAAAGUUAGCUAAGUUUACUGCUGGUUGCUCACUAAUUUACAACGCUAGCAACAACAGCGAUAACUAACUACUAUGUGGGAGCAUUGAUGUAACAUAUUGGAUACGUAGAUGUAGCCAAAUAGUCAUUUCUUUAUGUGUGCUGAUGAAGUUUACACUUAAAAAAUACUGUAAAUUUCUCAGCAAAACAUAGACUGAAGUAAUAACUAGCUACCAUAACAGAAAAUCCCAAGUUAUGCUAGAAAUGUCAUAAUGCCUAUUUUCAUUGCAGUUCACCUGCAAGAUGUGGUGCUUUGUUGGUUAAAAUGAUUACAUUCUAGUGUGUUGUCGCUAAAGACAUAAUACAAAACAAUUUUUUGUGUGCAAUUCAUUUUUCUUUAGGUGAGGAAACCAGGCUAAAUCAGUGGGUGUUGAACAUGAGGAGAAAGAAGUGGACUCCCUCAGGCAGUUCCUCCUCUCACUUAACUCUGCAGCGAGCACUUUGAGGAGGAUCAGCUCAUCACAGAUAGACCGAUCAUUUCUGAGGCCUGCGCUCAUGCGAUAAGAAAGAGGUACUUUUCAGUCAAUUCAUAAAACAGUCAUAAUCAUGUCAUAAUAAAGUUACAUGUGAGAACACGCACACUCAGCCAUGGUGUUCAGAGGAAAUGUGGCCAUUUCAGAGGACGAGACCUUUCCCAGAGCCAGAAAACCAGCUCCAGACAGCGAUACUCACAACUAUACAGUGAGAUGAGUACAUUUUCUAUAAACUGACUGAGUACAUCAACUGACUACUCUUACCUGGUUUUCCAGAUUUGCCAUGUACCUAAAUUAAACAAGAGACUGCGGUGAAUUGUUUUGUGGUUCAAUAUAUUUGAUAUGCACAUAGUCAGAAAACCAAACUUUAUAUCUCUCUCUUGAUCAUUGGUUGUUAAUGUUAAGGGACAACUUAUAAUAUUCACAUUUGUGUAUAAAUCAUGUAUGCAAGAAGUAUAAGACAACAUUGAAUAUGGCCUUUUCAUGAAUAAUCUACGUUCUGACAAACAACACUGCCAUUAAUGUCUUCCUGGUUGCUUAUUGUACAUAUUGACAUUAAACUGGAUGCGUACCAUAGAAGAAGUCUACUGACUUAGAGCAACAAUUUAAUAAAUUACUUGCACAUUAAAUAAUAGCAUUAAAAAUAUUUUAGGAUCUAUCAAUAUACAGGGGUGGACCAUGGUCAAGGUGAGCUUAAUUAUCCUAAAAAAAAUGUUCAUACUGAAAUGAGGUAGGCUUUCAGUGCUACAUCACAAAUAGUAAGCAUCAAUAAAUAUUAAUAUAAUUAAUAAAUAUUUACAUGAUAGCACAGUAUAGAAAUAGUAACAUUACUUUUAUAUGUAAUGUGUAGUUUAAAGAGCCAGUGCUGCAGUCCAUUUAAGCACUGGAGGCUGGAGUGGAAAGGGAGAAGACAUUAGGAAGAGCACAGUUCACUUAUAGCCAUAUCAGUGUUCAAGUUGAACACUGAUAUGGCUAUAAGUGUUAGUGUCAAUAAAAACAUAUAACACUAAAGUCUAUCAGCCGUCACAUAAAUUAUGACAGUCUUGGCCAGGUGAUGGGCUUAACAAAACAAAAACCCUGUAAAGGUCGACUUCAACAAUGGAGGAAAUGUCAGGCAUGGACACUUCACCGUUGGAGGAGUUGGGCUUUAAGGAACUUAUACAGCAAUUCUGUGUAAAAAUACUGUUUACUGUAGGGAUGAAAUUAACUUCAUCACACAAAAAUAGCCCAGGAGUGCCAAACCUUAUGUGAUGGUGAUGUACAAACCUGCCACUUAAACAAUGUAGAAAUGUAGCCAUAACACUGUUCACACACAUCGCUGGGUGAGGCAGGUAAUGCAGUGUGGAGGGCAGCGAUGCGACCCUUAAAAUAUAAUAAGCAUGUUAGUGACUAGUAGCAUUAGCUAUUCAGGACGAAGGAAGGAGGCAGUGCUAUGGCCUAACCUUUCUCCAAAGAACACGUGCCAGCUGUGGUAUUGUAGUGCAGUAUAGCAUAAUUAAUGUGCUGUUUACAUUGUCGACUACCAAUAAUUUUUUACUGCCUGUGGGCUUACUUGAUGGAACUUGUUUUGUGUGGUGAGCAAUAAAUACGCAUUAACAUUACGCAAGUGUAUCACCUAUGAAAUGCAAUUGAUUGAGCUUUCAUUUAAAUUUUUAAUCAGAAUAAUUCAAACUUAAUUGAGGAUUGCAUUGCCACUUUGCAUAUUGAAUUUCCAAUUGCAAAAUGCAUUGUCAUUUUUUAGUAUUGAAGAAAUGUUGCAGCCAGCUGAUAAGUUAAUGACUAAUAUUGCAUCUACAGGUUUUGCAAGACUUGUUUUCCUUGAAGUGUGUAACAUGCCUUAAAAGAUUCCUUGUCUUUUAGCCCUGCAUGCAUACUUUACAUACAAUUUCUCAAUGCAUACCAUACUCUGAGGUAAUCCUGCAAACAGUUCAGUUGUUGGAACUGUCGAUCUCAAGAUGAAAAUACCACACAGCAGGGAUAUGCAUAUCUGCUAUGAAGAAAAGACUUUAUAUCAUCUGAGUUUUUAAAACAAAAAAGGGAAUCAGUUAAAUGUGAAUGCGUGUAAUCGUUUUUGCAGUAUGCUUGGUUGCAAUGUAAGUGUAAAUUUUCAUUUCAGUUGGUGAUUUUACAUCAUGAAAAAGUGAUGGAGAUAUCCGUAAGAUGAACUCAUUCCCGUCAGGUGCUGUCGUCAGUAGCAACGCAUAAUUCAGCCUGGGUUUGUUUUGAUUAAUAUCUACAUAUCACCGUGUUGGACAGAAUGGAAAAAUGUCAUGGCAUGCACGGCCUGUCACAGAGUUCCCUCCGGUUCCACAGCUGCAACCCGAGCCGCUUUCUCUCUGAGCGGUGGGGUCAUUAAUGUUGAUGAUUAACCAGACAGAGUAUCAAUAAUUAACUGUGAACAAUAAAGGCCCACGCCCUCUGUCACAAUGCUAA